GUUAGUGAUUCAUUUCAGUGUCGGGGUUGUGUCGAAGUGCACUGCCAAGUGUUUAUCAUGGCGUUAUAUCUAUUAAUUUAUUUCGGUUUAAUAUACACUGUGACGAGUCAAAAGAGCUUUAUACUUGUCUUAGAUACUACUGCCUCGAUGAAAGAAGAAGUGGAUAUUAUUAAGGCAAAUAAACAGUUUGCUUUUGAUGAGAAAACAAAUGAAGAAUACAUUUUGCUGCCCUUCAAUAACCCUGAUGUUGGACCACCAUUAGUUUUCACCACAGCCGCGAAUUUUAUAGACCGUUUAGAUCUGGUUGAAGCUGGUGGAGGUAAAGAAUGUCCGGAGAAGUCUCUAUCAGCAAUAGAAAUGGCUUUAGAGAGAAGCAAAUAUUCUUCGAAUAUUUAUGUGUUUACUGACGCGAUCGCAAAAUCUGAUGAGAGACCAAAAAUUGAAAGUAUAUCUCAACUCUGCAGACAGAAACGUAGUCAGGUAUUCAUUUUCCAGAGCGGACAAUGUGCUUCCGAAUCGAACGACUUCUAUUACGAUGUAGCCAGUCUAUGUUCUGGUUCCGUUUUCUAUUUCGAAUUGUCUAGUUUAAAAAAGGCAUUUGACUUUAUAAGGGAAACUAUGCGAUUAGAAUGGACGCCAGCGAAUAUACAAGAAGUAUCUUCCAACAUUUUUGGUCGGAAACAUUAUACAUUUACAGUUGACGUACUAACAUCGGAAAUUUUAGUUGGUGUAUCUGGACAGAACCCUGAAAUGCAAAUCUCAAACGAGCUGGGUCAAACAGUAGACUAUAACACUAUUAUGCAGACUAGGCAUUCUUUGGUAAUGUGCUUGCAUGACCUAGAAAUUGGGGAAUAUACUAUAGAAGUGAACUCGCAGGGUCCAGCAAUAAUAUAUGCGUUCACACAUAAACAACUGACAUUUAAAUACGGCUUCUCACCAAAAACUCCUAGAAGCUUAAAGGAAACCUCCGAACGACCAAUACCAGGUACAUCAAACAACAUACUUAUCGUUACAUCAGGAACCAAUAUAGAACUAUUAUCGGUAGAAGUACUAAUGCUGAAAUCUGGGGAGACUAAUGUUCUAAAUUUAGAGUUAAGUUACGCUGCCAAGGGGCAGUAUAUGGCCACGCACUUGUUUGAACCAGGAAAAUCAUUUAGAUUAUCCAUAACUGCAAAAUAUUCUAACUAUAACCAAGUUAUAAGUGGUGCUUCGAAAGUAAUAGAAACCCAACAGCAAGGAAUGGUAACCGAGUGGAUUAAUCCAUCAGCCCAUAUAAUUGACGAAAACAGCAAUUUAAUUGGAUUUGGAUUGAACGCUACAUUCGCUUGUAAAAUCGAUAGUUUUCCAAAACCAGAAGUUUGGUGGGAAGAUGAGAAUUCUGAGAGACUUCCUUCUGAUACCGUUUUAUUAGAAAUUCCUUCUACGUACAUAAGUUAUGUUAACAUCGACAAUGCAACACACAAUGGUACAAUAACAUGCAAAGCGAAAAACCCUCUAGGUACUGCUGACAGCAGUGUGGAUGUAUUCGUCAAUCGAACCUUUGUAUUUGAAGUACUGGAGUAUCCUACAGAUAUAACAGUGAAUUACGGCGACACUGGGAAGCUUUACUGUAAAGUAAAUGCAUAUCCAGAAGCUGAAAUUAAAUGGAUCCAUAAUGGUACUGAAGUAGAUAGUGAACGAGUGGAAAUUAAUCCUGAAGAGAACUGGUUAUUAAUAAAAAACAUGGAUCUGGAUGAUGUUGGCGAAUAUGUAUGUGAUAUACAAAAUGACGUGGAAUCUAUAACGUACACUGCUGUUGUUUUUAUCACUGGUUUAGAGGCCCCUGUUAUACAAAUAGAGAAAACUGAAGUAAUUUUAAAACCAGGUGAUUGGACCGAACAGAAAUGCUUGAUUACACAAGGAAAACCCACACCGUCCAUCUCUUGGAAGUAUAGAUUGGAAGAUGACUUUAGUUUCUUAGAAAUCCCCGAAGGCGUAUACAUAUCAGACAACGUUUUGAAAAUACCAUCAGCGCAAUCGCAUCAUGGAGGCGUGUACUUAUGUGAGGCAAAUAAUUCCUUGGGUGUUGAUCAACAGCAGGUGUUAGUGAAAGUGCAAUAUCAACCGAGAAUCAAAAACCAGGACGAGUCUCUAGAAGUAAAACAGGGGGAUGUGGUUACGCUACCAUGUGAUGUAGAUGCUGUUCCAGAGGCUGAAGUACAUUGGGACAUGUACCAGGAUGACGUUAUCAUUGCAUUUGAUGAAAGACACCAUACGGAUUCAUCAUACACACAUCGAUUCACGGCACAAUUAAAUGACUCUGGAAUGUAUCACUGUAUAGCUAAAAACAGCAUGGGAACUGCGACACGUACUGUUCACGUUAAUGUUUGGGUUGCUCCAUACAUCCAAUCUCCAGUUACUAAUAAUAUAACUCAGAUGAUUGGGACAACGUUAUAUCUUAAUUGUUAUAUAAAUUUUGGGAACCCCUUACCUUCCACUCGAUGGGAAUUCAUCGCGUCUAAUACAAACAUUUCUGUUUUAACAACGGGGCAUGCAACUGGAAAAUUGGAAUAUAAAGUUCAAGAUUUAAAGAAGAAAAACGAAGGCACCUAUCGGUGUAUAGCAGAAAAUGAUGUUGGAGUAGAUAGUAUUAAUUUAUUUGUAAAAGUUGUAUAGGGAAAGUUUUAAAAUAGCACCUACUUUUAUUUAAAUUAUCUACAUGUAAUAAAUAGUUACAGUAUUUAAUAUCCUAGGAUA